AUGACCCUUGACAAAACUACUCCUUCUUCACAAUCACCGUUGUUUAAAAAGGGUACAGUCCUGCCUGUCAAUUGGCACCAUAUCUUCUUCCCACCCAUGAUUGGUGAAAAUGAUCUGGGCCAAGAUGGAUAUGAAAUAACCCACGCGCCUCCUGCACCCUUCUUGGCACGUAUGUGGGCAGGUGGUGGUGUGGAACAGAAUCCUUCUAAUCUGCUUCGUAUUGGACAAGAAAUAUUGAUGAAAACGAAGUGCACUGGUGUCGAUAUCAAACAAAGCCGAUCAGGCGACACCAUGGUCUUUGUCAAUCUUGAAAAGCAGAUCGAGAACGAGAGCGGCUGGGCCUUGACAGACACUAGGACUUUGGUUUACAUGGAAAAGGAUCAAAAGAAGAGCACCCAUACAACCCCCAAAGUUGUCAAACCCCGGAAAGAGGCUGAUUUUUCCGCGAUGAUCCAUCCCAGCACCAUCCUUUUAUUCCGUUAUUCUGCCUUGACGUUUAACAGCCAUCGCAUCCACUUUGAUCAUGAAUAUGCCAACAAAGUUGAAGAUCACCCAGGCUGUUUGGUGCAUGGUCCUUUGACAGCGACCUUCAUGAUCGAGAAUCUGCGUCGACAUCUCAAGCCAGGAUUGAUCAUCAAAAAUUUUCAUUAUCGUGCACUGAGUCCACUCUAUGUCGAUCAGCCCAUCAAAAUCUGUGCGAAGAGCAUGUCCGUCGUUCCUACUAUGGAUGCUGAUGUCGCUGAGAGCUAUGAGGUCUGGGUUGAGAAUCCACAGGGUGGUUUGGCCAUGUCUGGCACCAUUGAAGUUGUACUCGAACAGAAAUCUUAG